CAAGAACCCUAAAAUCUUCCCCAAAAAAGUGUUGGACGAAAAAAUCCCCACAAAUUUCCAAGAAAGAUUUUGGGGGCAGGAUCAUCAAUCAGUCAAUCGAAGGUCCCAAUUUCUAUCACCAUCUCUCCGAAUCAGCCCAAAACAUCAAAUUGGAUUCUCUCUGUUUCCCCCUUUCAUGGUUUUGCUUCACAAACAAACAAAUAAUCAGUAUCGGUACUAAUCUUCCUCCAUAAUCUUUCAAUUUGAUCCUCCAUUAAUGCAUCAGCAAACCUUAAUCCUCAAUUCCCACAGUCCCACGCCCAAUUAUGGAUUCUCUAAUUCUUGCCCAUUAUUCUUCCAAAACCCUAGAUUAAGAAUUUCCCACCUCAAUACCAACUGCUACAGUCGCUUUAAUCAUGCAAUUAGGACUCGUGUUCCUGUAAAUUGCAAAAGUUAUGGAGUAGAGGUUUCUGUUUCCGAGCAUCGCCGUCUUUCAUCCUUCAAAUUCUCCGGCGAGAAAGAAUUCGAUGUCGCCACCCUUGGAAACCUAUGCGUUGAUGUCGUGCUUAACGUCCCCAAUUUGCCGCCAUCUUCCUUCGAUGAACGUAAAGAUUACAUGGAACAGCUUUCUAAAUCGCCUCCUGAUAAGAAAUACUGGGAAGCUGGUGGUAACUGCAACAUGGCUAUAGCAGCAGCUAGAUUGGGACUUCGUUGUAUUGCGAUUGGUCAUGUUGGUGAUGAAAUUUAUGGACAAUUUCUAUUGGACGUGCUUCAUGAUGAGGGGAUUAAUGUGAUCAAGAUGAGAGAAGAGGAGGAUUUUAACAACAGUUCGAGUAAUGCAUACGAGACCCUUUUAUGUUGGGUCUUGGUCGAUCCGUUGCAAAGACACGGGUUUUGCAGCCGAGCAGAUUUUAGCAAGGAGCCUGCAUUUGCUUGGAUGAGUAAGUUAUCUGAUGAGGUGAAAAUGAAUAUCCAAAACUCAAAAGUCCUUUUCUGUAAUGGAUAUGGAUUUGAUGAGCUUCCUGCAAAUGUGAUUGCCUCUGCCCUGGAAUAUGCUGUUGAAGUUGGAACUUCUAUUUUUUUCGACCCUGGACCAAAGGGGAAGUCUCUUGCUGUUGGUACACCUGAAGAACAAGAAGCACUUGCCAAGUUGUUGAGGUUGAGUGAUGUUCUUCUUCUAACUUCGGAGGAGGCUGAAUUAUUGACUGGCUUGGGGAACCCUAUAGCAGCCGGAAAGGAGUUGCUUAGUAACGGACUCCGCACAAAAUGGGUGAUCAUAAAAAUGGGAUCUAAGGGCUCUAUUCUAAUCACCAGAUUGGGGAUAUCUUGUGCACCUUCAUUCAAGGUAAAUGUCAUGGACACCGUUGGAUGUGGAGACAGCUAUGUGGCUGCAAUUGCAUUCGGCUACAUACACAAUAUGCCAUUGGUUCACACGUUAACGAUCGCCAAUGCCGUGGGUGCAGCCACCGCGACAGGUUGUGGGGCCGGGAGGAAUGUUGCAAAUUUGCAAAAAGUCGUGGAAUUGAUUAAGGAAUCGAACCUCAACGAAGACGACAACUUUUGGAACACGUUACUCGACGAAAACUCGAGCAAAGAGGACAUUACAAUUCUCUCGAAAACAACAGCAAACAGAAUCAAGAACGGGUUUUCCAAACACGAAACGCUCCAAAAGGUCGUUAACGAGGUUCUGCAUAAGCUUGAGGUUCGAUUAGCAGAUGGGAUAUUCUCGUCUUGAAGAGUUCCCUCGAUUUAUUAUCGAUUAUACUCACGUUUUUAUUGAUUUUUGUAUGUUUAAUUGUUUAGAUCAGCAACUGGAGAUCUUAGAAAUUAUGAGAUUUGAUGUGUUUUAUGGUGCUUUUGGUGGUUGAGCUAAUGCUUGCUGCUAUAUUUUGGUGUAGAACACAUGAGUUUUGAUGUUUAUCUUAAAGUGGUUCAGAUUUUUCUUUUC